AUGGAAUUGAAGAAAUUUAAAUCUCAAAAAUCGUUAGUUAUGACCUGGUUGUUUAAUUCUAUGAGGGCUGAUAUUCGUCAUACUUUUCUGCUUCUUGAUACUCCACAUAAGAUUUGGAUUACUGCAGCCCAGACCUAUUCUCAGCAAGGUAAUGAUGCACAGUGUUUUGAGUUGAGGAAGAGACUCCGUACAUUGGAGCAAAAUCAUCGUUCUGUUGCUGUGUAUUUUGCUGACUUGAGUGGAGCUUGGGGGGAAUUUGAUUAUUAUCAGGGCUUUCAGGCUGUUUGUGCAGUGGAUGCUGCUAAUUGGCUAAAAAGGAUGGAAAAAGAGCGUGUUUAUGACUUUCUUGCUGGUCUUGAUAUGGAGCUUGAUCCAAUUAGAGUACAGGUGUUGGGUCGUAUUCUGUUUCCAUCCUUGGGAGAGGCCUAUUCUAUUGUUCAACAAGAGGAGAGUAGGAGGGGUGCUAUGUUGCAGCCUCCUACGUUUGAUCGUUCGGCCCUAGUUGCUACUCCUCAGGAUCAUUUUGGUUCUGCUAGUGGGUCUAUUCUCCAGGGUGGCAAGUCCCAGUCUGGUACUAUCAUUGGGCCUCCUAAUUGUGCGUCACUCCAGUGUGAUUAUUGCCACAACACUGGUCAUACCAGGGAUUUUUGUUGGAAGUUACAUGGCAAGCCCUCUCGUGGGUGCGGGGGUGGACGCGGUGGCCAUGGUCGUGGUCCAGGGUGUUCUCGGGCCCAUGCCCAAGUUUCAGAGUCUACAGUUGGCACAUUGCCUGAUUCUGGGUUCAGUACUGGGUUCAGGUUUCAUUUGAUCAUGUUGGUGGUUUCUCUCAAGGGGAGAUACAAACUCUCAGGCGCCUUAUGGCUCAGGCUAAUUCUCCAUCUACUAUAGCUUCCUCUUCCACAGCAGCUCCUACUUCAUCCUAUUUUGCUCACACAGGAACUGGAUACGGGGAAAGUGAUUGACAGUGGUAAAUCACAUGGUGGCCUCUAUUUUUUGGAAUCUGCACCUCGUUCACCCAUGUCAUGUGGUCUUGCUCUGCAAGCAGAUACGAGUCCAGCUCUUACUAUGUUAC